AUGUUGAGAUCAUCUGCUAAAUCAAGCAUACAGACACUAAGUCGUGGAUUUUUAUCUGCUGAACAAAUACCAUCAAAAUCAGGUCCAAUUCAAUUUGUUCGUGGUAAACGUACCAAAAAAGUUAGUUCAAUUUCACCACAAACUCAAAAAAUAAUUACACAAUUAUCAGUUUUAAGUGCCAGAAAGAAGGUUCCAAGAGUGCUGAAGUUAAGUAAUGAAGAUCUUGUUAGACAUGAUGCAGUUCAAAGAGCUUGGGGUGUUUAUCAAAAAGAUAAAAGAAUCAAAAAUAAAUCAGAUUUAGCCAAACAAUAUGAAGCUAUGAAUAAUGCAAUGACUGAUUUGAAAUCAACAAAUAGAGAAUUAUAUGAUCUAGCUAAUGUUAGAGAAGUUAAUAAGAAGUUCCCAUUAGAAUUCAGAAUCCCAACACAUUUCCCACCAAAUAAAGUAUGGUAUUACGAUUAUGUUCCAAAAGAUGAAACAAAAACUACAAAAGAAAAUUGA